AUGGUGCUUCAGACGACCUCAAUUCUUCGUCGGGUUGCGCUUUCUGCGCGCCUGGCGUCCUCGCGCGCACUGUCCAGUGCUGCCUCCAGCUCGGGCGCCUUCCUGACGAUGGAGACGCGCUCCAACGGCGUGGCAAUUGUGCGGCUGGACGACAAAGCGGCUAAAAACGACCCCAAUAUCAAGUCUGUGGUGCUCAUCUCAGCUAAGCCUGGUGUGUUCAUCGCUGGCGCUGACAUCGCCGAGCUUAACGCGUGCAAGACGGAGGAGGAGAUGCGUGCCAUGUCUAGCGCUGGCCAGGCCUUUAUGAACCGCCUGGCUGACUCUAAAAAGCCCUUCGUGGCAGCCAUCGAGGGCUCCUGCAUGGGUGGCGGCCUCGAGGUGGCACUCGCCUGCCACUACCGUGUGGCUGCGCAGAGCAAGAAGACGCAGUUGGCGCUACCUGAAGUCAUGCUGGGGCUUUUGCCAGGCGCAGGAGGCACUCAGCGUCUGCCAGCGCUUGUGGGCAUCCAGGCCUCACUGGAUAUGAUGCUCACGGGCAAGAACAUUAAGCCUGACAAAGCCCUUAAAAUGGGCCUCGUGAACCAAGUGGCCGACCCAUUUGCACUCGAGAGUGCAGCCAUCUCAGCAGCUGAACAACUGGCUGCAGGCAGUCUGAAGCCUAAGAAGAAGAGCAAAGGACUGGUCAAUCGCAUAUUGGAGGAUACGCCGCUGCGUCAGGUUGUCUUCAACAAGGCCGGGGAGAUGGUGGAGAAGAAGACGGGAGGUCAUUACCCCGCGCCCAAGCUCAUUCUGGAGGCCGCACAAACGGGGAUUGAGCAAGGUCUCACGAAAGGUCUGGAGGUCGAGGCUUCCAAUUUUGCCAAACUGGGGAUGACCAGCGAGGCUAAGGCUCUCAUGAGUAUCUUCUUCGGACAGACGGCUCUUAAGAAGAAUCGCUAUGGCAAACCUGCGAAGCCUGUGGAGACUAUGGCAGUUGUUGGUGCUGGUCUCAUGGGAGCUGGCAUCGCACAAGUGUCUGCUGCUAAAGGUGUGCGUGUCCUGCUAAAAGAUCGCGACGCUGCAGCUGCUGCGAAGGGAGAAGACUACGUACGCAACAAUUUGGACCAGAAGGUGAAGCGCAAGCGCAUGACAAUCUACGAUCGUGACGCUGUUAUGGCCAACGUCGUGCCUCUGUCUGACGAGGAUGAUGUCUGGAAAACGCACAUCAAGAAGGCAGAUCUCGCUAUUGAGGCAGUUUUCGAGGACUUGGCUCUCAAGCACAAGGUUCUGUCGGAUCUGGAGAACUACGUGUCGAAAGAUUGCGUCAUUGCUACUAAUACAUCGGCGCUUCCGAUCGCUGACAUCGCGUCGGCCUGCAGGCGACCAGAGAACGUGAUCGGCAUGCACUACUUCUCACCUGUGCCUAGUAUGCCGUUACUGGAGAUCAUUCGUCACGCUGGUACGAGCGAUGCGACUGCUUCGAAGGCUGUGGAUCUGGGACUGCGUCAAGGCAAGACUGCUAUCGUGGUGAAGGAUGUGCCUGGUUUCUAUGUAAACCGCUGUCUUGGUCCGUACAUUGCAGAGACGCUGGCACUUGUGGGCGAUGGCGUCGAGCCGGAGAAACUCGAUAAACUUAUGACCAAGUGGGGUCUUCCUGUGGGCCCCAUCACGCUGGCGGACGAGGUGGGGCUGGAUGUGGCGUACCAUGUAAACCAGACGCUUUCAAAGGCGCUGGGUGUGCGUAUGGGAGGCGGCGAUGCGAAGUUGUUUGAAGAGAUGAUUGAGCAGGGGUUCCUUGGCAAGAAAUCCGGCAAGGGCUUCUUCGUGCAGCCUCCUAAGGGCAAGAAAGGAAAGAAGACGUUGAAUGCUGAUGCCAUGAACCUCAUCAAGAAGUUCCAGAAACAAGAUCUGAAGCUCAGCGAUGAGGACACGGUCAACCGUCUGAUCUCUCGUUUCGUGAACGAGGCAGUUCUGUGUGUGCAAGAUGAAAUCAUCGAGUCUCCAUCGGAGGGCGACAUUGGCGCCGUGUUCGGCAUUGGCUUUCCGCCUUUCGUUGGCGGCCCCUUUCGCUACGUUGACAAGGUGGGCAGCACCAAGUUCACGGAGAUGAUGCAGCGUUAUGCUGACCAGUACGGCCCGCAGUUUGCCCCUGCACCUCUGCUUGAAGACAUGGCCAAGACGAACAAGAAGUUCCACUCGAAAUAA